AUGGCUUCCACUUUCACCAUCUCCGCUUUUGAUCAUCCCAUCAAGUCUGUUACCGUCUUCAAGUCGUCAAAGGCUGAGGUUGUAAGAUCUUUCGACAUUAGCUUGAAGAAAGGUCGAAACAAUGUGGAAAUACGUGGUCUCUCCAGUUUCAUUGAUACCCACUCUGUCCGCGUAUCAGGUCUUGGCUCGGCUGCUCGUUUGCUCGAUGUUGCGUGCACCAUUGCCACGAGUAAAUCUGCGUCUUACCUUCCUGACUCGUCCACCGAAGUCAUUCGGAAGCUGAGAGUCCGGAAGAAUACUUUGGAGAGAGAGCGAACGCUAAGAAACAACGAGUCACAGCUGUUGCUAGCGUAUGCGGGGACACUGGGGGGGGAGCAUGUCAACCCGCAGCAGAUGACGGCAUUUCUAGAGGGUUUUAUGCAGCAGGGAAAGAAGAUCAUUGAAGAAGCUUCUCUAAGUGAGCAGAUAAUUGAGCUUGAGAGGCUGAUUGAGGCUGAGAACGAAAAGUCCACCUCCAAGCGAGGUACCACCGACGGAAAAGUCAACAUCGUGCUUGGUGCUGAUGAAGAUUUCAAUGCUGAAAUCAAGCUGACGUAUAUCGUUUCGAAUGCAACCUGGGAGCCGACCUACGAGCUGCAUGCGACUACAGAGAACGGGAAGCCGUCCAACUCUGUUGCGCUGCACUACCGUGCUCGCGUCACUCAGAGCACCGGUGAAGACUGGAAUAACACUUUGCUCACCUUGAGCACCGUCACUGGGACGACAACCAAGGCCAUUCCAAAACUUCGCGCGCUCAAGCUCCACCCUUCGAAGGCAACUCCCGCUUUCAAUAAUGUGUUUCAGAGACCGUCAGCGUUCAAUAACCAUUCCAAUGUUACCAGCGGUUUGUUCGGCGCUGGCAAUAAUGUUGGCCCUUCUGUACCAGGUUUAUCGUUCAGUGCCAGCAACGUUCCACCGGGAGAGAAAGCGAGUGGAUUCCAGAGUCAACAGGCAGCUUUUGGCUCUAGUGGAGGCUUUGGAUCUUUCGCGAACCAAUCUCAGCAGCGGUCAGCAUUCGGAUUCCCACAAUUUGGGCAGCAAAUCCCGCAACCGCAAAUCCAGCAGUUCCAGCAACAGCAACAAGCUCAGUCUUCCCUCUUCGGACAAUCUCAUUCCACACCAGGUACCUCGUUUGGUGCAGCUCCAUCCCAGCAACAACCUCAACCUUCCCUCUUCGGACAACCUCAUCAACCUCAGCAUUCCCUCUUCGGACAAUCUCAUUCCACACCAGGUACCUCGUUUGGUGCAGCUCCAUCGCCACAAGUACUACCGAUCGACCCCACCCUCCUGGCGCAAUACCAAGCAGAACUCGCCUCUGCUGAAGGGCACCCCCUUCCAGAUGAAGACGAUUUUGAGAACGUGGCUUCCCCAAAUACCACUGGCGUCGAGCCCACGACUGUCGUGGCCGAAACCCCAAUUGCUAUCUCCUACUCCGUCCAGGGAGAAUCAACGAUCCCAAGCGAUGACGUCGUUCAUCAGGUUGUGAUUGCUGUUUUGCCAUUUGAAGCUACAAUUUCCUAUAUCAGUGUCCCUCGAAUUGAACCGAGGGUCUACCUCCAGUGCCAAGUUAAGAAUAGCAGCGAGUAUAGACUGCUCGCUGGACCUGUUACCGUUAUCCUGGAUGACAGCUACGUCUCUAGGACAUCAAUUGAAGAUAUAAAUACAGGCGACAACUUCGACUGCACUCUUGGCGACGACGCAUCCACCAAGGUGACCUACUCGUGUACCUCACGCACCGCCAAAGAAAGCGGGGGUGCCUUUUCCGAGACAACCAACACGACCACAUACACUACCAAGAUAUCGCUUCACAACAAGCAUGCGUUCGUCAUCGACGACUUGAUUGUGAAGGACGUUAUUCCUACAUGUGAUCAGGACAAGCGCACCAAAGUUAUCUUGCGCAAACCAGCGGCGUUGGCGGAAGCCAAGGACAGGCAAAUCGUUGAUUUGAAGACGGAUGGGCUCAGGGUUGGGUGGGAGAAGGUUGCUGAAGGUGGAAAGGGUGGAGAGAAGGAGGGCAAGUUUGAGUGGCGGUGGAAGGUCGGGAGUGGGGCAAAGGUUACGCUUGAUGCUGAGUGGGAGGUUCAAGGUCCUGGGGACUCCCCAACGAGGGUCUUUUACAGUUGA